AUGUAUGGUGUUUCCAACUCUAAUGCUUUUAGGUCACCGUACUUCACCCAUGGAAAACAGUUCCUGGGCUCCAUGUGCGGUCUUGCAAAAACGCUGAUUAGCGAUCUUCGACUCGACAAGCCCAUGCAACCCGCGGGAUGUCCAAGCCUAGGCCCUCGUGUUGAUAACAAGGAAGUUCGGAAGACCGAGGGCAGUAGAGCAUUUCUAUCUGUUUUCAUAUUAUGCGCCAACGUUGCUGUUAUCUUCGAAUAUGACCUGAUGCUUUGGUCGUCGCAGAUCGAAGAUGCAUGCGAUCACCUCACUAAGAACAAAGAAUGUGAAGGAGACGUCAUACUGGUCGCCGCUGUGCGUCUGGCAAAGAUUGUUGUUAGCGCCGCCGAAGUAUCACGAAGAGCUUCGGACGAUCACAAUACAGCAAAGCAUGCUAUGAUGGCUAUCGACCCUCUAAUAUUGGCGCUUAACAACUUCAAAAGUUCACUUCCUAUUGAGGUUCUACAGCACUGGUUAAUUAUCGGUCUCAAUCAAACCGCCCAGGUUGCCAUCUACGAUCUUGCGCUCUUGACAAAGCCUUCGGAGGAGCUGUCAGUGUCGCAUCUAGCUUUCGAGCCCAGGCGCAUCGAGUACUUUAUGGAGCUUCUAGAGACCAGUAAAGCCUGUCGAGAACACGCUUGGAAUGGCGGCGUCAUAGGUCUGACGGCUCCAUCGAUGCUCGUAUUCUCGUAUUGUAUCAAGACCUUGUACAGAUUCGCCAGCCUCAAAGGAAUCCCAGACUGGAUACCACCCAUCGUCCAAUCAAGCUUCGACAUCGUGCAAUGUCUAGAGAGGUUUGCCGAGAUUGCUGAGCAGGCUAACACGGAAUUCAAGGCCAAGACAGGCGAGGAUACUCUAUUUGCUGCGGCUGCGGAAACGCUAAGGGCUAUGGCACCAAACUGGAAACUUCCAACGACGGAGAACGAUGACGAUAUGGGCAAUGCGUCGGAUGGAUGGAAUGGCAGUUUUGGUGAUUUUGGGGCACUGGACUUUUCGAGUGACUUCUGGUUGCCUAAUGCUUUCAAUCCUUGA